AUGAUAUCGGAUGUGGAUACUUCUUUGAGAGGAUUUUCCUUCAUGCCAGAGAUCAAAACGAAAGAAAUGGAUUUGCAGUAUGUAGAAGAUCGUGAACUAGAACAAGCAUGGAGAUCAAGACGACGUGAACGUGUGAGGCAACAAGAACAAAAGAUAUGGGAGGAGUUCAUCCAAGAACAAGACAUUGUGCAAAGCGUCUACAAAAGUGACCCCUAUCAAUUCAUAGAAAAUAUACCAGAAACAUGUCUGCAGGAACUCUUAGAGAAAGAGAUCAAUAAAAUGCAAAAGAAAAAGGUUGAAGAGGAAGUGAAAGAAGAAGAUGCAGUUGAAAUAGCCACCACUCCUCCAGACACUCCAUCAAUUGUUGUCCAAAAUGACAAGACAUACAAUGAACGGCAAGAUAUGCAAGAAGUAUUACACAUUUUCUACGAUGAUAAAGACAACGAGGAGUUGUCAGGUAACGAGGGCGAGGUGUUGAAUGAGUCUGGUGGCAGUCCUUUGUGUACCGUCAGAGAGAAUCAGGUAGAAAAGGAACAGCCGAAAGCACAAGAACCCAGUCCAAGUCCUGAGAAAGUACCAGUUUCAGGUAAAUCUUCCGGAAACGUGGCAACCAUGGUUGAGAACAGCAUUUACUGCGCGAAAGUGAAGGAGCUUCGAGCCAGAAUCAAUGAAGAACUUUUGAGCAUCAUUGCGACAGUGGAACAUCAGAACUUAAUCAACAUGGAUCCGGAGGACCUGAAGAAGAUACAGAAGCGCUCAUCGGAGUUCUCCUCUCGAUUUAGCCGCAUACACUUGUACCAGUUGCAGAGGCAGAUACAAGAUCUGAAGCGACACAACAGUGCGGCUUCGCUGCCGUUCGGGCAACACACACAGCUGCAGGCGCAGAUGGUGAGGACUGUGUCGCUCUAUCAGAACUUGUGGCAGGCCUUCUGCGCGUUGCACAAGUGGUUCAGGCAGAGUUUGUGUACUGGCGCUGUGGUGACACUGUGCCGCUGUGCCGCGCGACUGCCGCGCGAUUUGCCCGCCUUCCCCGCAACACCGGAUCCGUGCAACGACGAUUUACUGAAAACUUGUGACCGGUUCGAAGAAACGGUAGCCAAACACGGUGAAAGAGCAGAUGAAUUGAUUAAAAGCCUCGAGGAUGCUAACAAUCCAUACGCCAAAAAGCCGAGCAAAAAUAUGGCGAAGAAAAAUCCAAGCAGUGCCUAUUUAAAAGCCGGCCCCAAAUCAACGUCUAGGGCAGAUGGCAAACUGUCCAUGUACUCAUUGGACACACUGCGAAUCAAUCUGAAAGCGAAGUCCUCGACUACCAGAGAAAACCUGUCAAGUGGAACAUCCAAAUUGUGCGGGACUGCCAGCAAAGCUCUCGAAAAGCGAGCACCAGAUAGAAAUAAAACGCCUAAACAUCGAAGAAAAUCUCCAACUACGGCAAGAGCACGCACGCGGCGUGCUGAGGCCGACGUGCGCACGCUGGUCGAGGCCGUCACUUGCACUUCGAGUCAUGUCAGUUUUGAAGCCAGUUCACAACGCUCCCCAAAUGCAAACAACCUAACUUACCGUAGUAAGGGAGCCAGCCAGAGCGGAAAAAGCAAAGAGACGACUCCCAGAUCGAAACAUCAAGAAACUUCUCGAAAAAUCCAGAAAGUCCCAAACGUGCCCAAAAAUUCGAUUUGUGACGAAAAUUCUACAGUUAAAUCUUGUAGUGAAUUCAGGAAUGAGGAGAUAAACGUAGGAAUUACGAAAAAGAAUUUUAUGGAGUCACCUAGAGCUCACCUGUCACUUGGACAAGAUGGCGCUCAAAGCAGACGGAGUGGAAAGGAAAAUAUGAAGGUCAGUGAUAGUUUAGAACUACUUUCGUUUAUGUAG